AUGUUGCCAAUCGAUAAACCACUCUACGCAUAUCAUGGCGAUCCUCCCAUCACAAACACUGGAGAUAUUCUUGCACGUGUAAUCGCCAGGGGGAUGUUUUCGGCGAGAUACGUUCCGAGUAAGGCCAUUUAGCA